AGUGGGUGGGUGCUGCUGCUGCUGCUCGCUUUGGCUUUUUUUUUCCUUCACAUUCUUACGCUCUGUUUAUUCGUCAGAAGAAAGCAGCGCGAGCGGAGCUCUACGCCGAACGCUGCGACGUUCUGAUUUAGAAUUUUUAAAUAUUUUGAAUCUCCCUGCGCCAGGAUAGGUAUGCAGAACGUUUGAGUUUUAAAUAAAAUACCAGAGCUGUUUUGCUGAAUUUCUCACCAGUUGGAUACAAUUUCGCGUGCAAAAACAGACCUCUGAUUCAGUGCAAGCAGAUGACUUUGAUUUCGGGAACUGUGCUGUAGAUGAAAGCGCCGACGUCGCGGCUGCUCUUUGAUCUGAAAGGAGGCGCUAAACGAAGGAAGGAAGGCAGAUUGAUUGACUGAUUUGGUGGCAAACUAAGCAACUUUUUAAUCGCGUCAACACAUAUUCGAACACUCCUGAUUGAUGGAGAAUCAGAGGCCGAGGAUUUUCAGAAUCGAACCUUUUAAAUUGUGACAUUUUGCGCCUUAAUAGCACAUCUGUCAAUCCACGCGGCGUGUUUAUAGUUUAUAGUUCUUGCGCGGAACGGACCGAGCUGAUCUGACCUAUUCUUUGAAGUUUGACGCGCGCACGGUACGAUCAUGGGCUGCACGGUGAGCGCAGAAGACAAGGCGGCCAGCGAGAGAUCAAAAAUGAUCGACAAAAACCUUCGGGAGGAUGGUGAGAAGGCUGCGAGGGAGGUGAAACUGCUCCUGCUCGGUGCGGGUGAAUCAGGGAAGAGCACCAUUGUGAAACAGAUGAAAAUCAUCCAUGAAGACGGCUACUCAGAAGACGAGUGUAAGCAGUACAGAGCCGUGGUCUACAGCAACACCAUCCAGUCCAUAAUGGCCAUCAUUAAAGCCAUGAGUAACCUCAAGAUCGACUACGGAGAGACCGCCCGAGUGGACGAUGCACGGCAGCUGUUUGCUCUGUCUGCAGCAGCGGAGGAGCAGGGGAUCUUAACUGAGGAUCUGGCCAAUGUGAUCCGCAGACUGUGGUCCGACAGCGGGGUUCAGGGAUGUUUCACCCGAUCCAGAGAAUAUCAGCUCAAUGACUCUGCUGCCUAUUAUCUGAAUGAUCUGGAAAGGAUAGCACGGGCAGACUACAUCCCCACCCAGCAGGAUGUCUUGAGGACCCGAGUGAAGACCACUGGGAUCGUGGAGACACAUUUCACUUUUAAAGAUCUGCACUUCAAGAUGUUUGAUGUGGGAGGUCAGAGGUCAGAGAGGAAGAAAUGGAUCCAUUGCUUUGAGGGAGUAACAGCCAUCAUCUUCUGUGUGGCUCUGAGCGCUUAUGACCUGGUGCUGGCAGAAGAUGAGGAGAUGAACCGCAUGCAUGAAAGCAUGAAACUCUUCGACUCCAUCUGUAACAACAAGUGGUUCACCGAGACCUCCAUCAUCCUCUUCCUCAACAAGAAGGAUCUGUUUGAGGAGAAGAUCACGCGCAGCCCUCUCACCAUCUGCUACCCUGAGUAUUCAGGAGCUAAUAAAUAUGAUGAGGCUGCCAGUUACAUCCAGACCAAGUUUGAGGACCUCAACAAGAAAAAAGACACAAAGGAAAUUUACACCCACUUUACCUGUGCGACUGACACUAAGAACGUGCAGUUUGUGUUCGACGCCGUCACUGACGUCAUCAUCAAAAACAACCUGAAGGACUGCGGCCUUUUUUAAUGAAGGAGGCCCAAGGGAAUGAUGAGGAAGGUGUAAACGGUUUGAUGGACCUGGUUCUACACGACAUGCUAGACUGCCUUCAACUACCUAUAAGAAUCAUAAUGUUUUUUUUUGUUUGUUUUUUUAAUGUGACGACCUGAAAAAGACUUGUGAACAAGGAAAAGAGAAACUUCAGUGAAUUCCAGCACACCAUCCCUCUUUCCUGAACCUGAUUUUAAAUUGGUUCUCAAUGUGUAAAUAUUUAAUUUUGCAGAAAACAUGUGGAGAGAUAUUUGUUUCUAUUGAGCUUUGGGUUUUGUUUUCGGCAGUUUACCAAUGAGGUGGGUGAGGACUUCUUUUAUGGAUGUGCUAAUUUGAUUAAACUGCUUCUUUUGUAAAGUUAAUGUGAGCACAGAAAGAAAACGAGCCGUCUCUUUUGUAACAGCGACUCUUCGUCCCAGGCUCAAACUGUAUAUUGUUGCAUGACGGAUCAUAUGAAAUUGCUCGCUCGUUUCAAACCACGGCGUGACAUUCCCUCACAUGUCUUCACUCUCUCUACUAGCUUGACUUUGACAGCAUCCAGAAUCGACUAACAUGUAACACAUUUAUAUCUGCCCUCACAUUUCUCCUUCCUGUUGCUGUGCCAUCCCUUCUUUUGCGCGAUGUCUGUGCCUUGUUUUCACUGUCUGUAGAUCAUAGGGAAAAUGUAAAAGUGUUGAGCACAUUUUAAGAGCUAAAUAAAACUUAGACCACAGUCUAAAUAUCGAAAUACCAUAAAAGAUUUCGUUGGAAAUAAAAGUUGAUAUGUAAGAUA